UGACGUGUGGACUGGGUCUAGUUUUUAAACAAUAUGGCGGUUUCCCUGGUUUCAGUUGUCAAGUGAAACUUUUUGAGAAAAUUACCCUCGAUGGACGAAAAAACGUGAUUGAUUUUACAAGAUAAUCAGAGUUGAAGGUUGUUGUGAUUGUUGAGGUUAAAUUCACUGAAGGUAAAAAGUGAGUUAUUUCGGUGAUCCGAAGAUAUGGAAAAGAAAAACAAAGCUAAGCGAGGGAUACGAGUCAAGAUUAUUAGCAUGGGAAAUGCAGAAGUAGGAAAGAGCUGUAUUAUCAAGAGGUAUUGUGAGAAGAGGUUUAUUAGCAAGUAUAUGACCACGAUAGGGAUUGACUACGGAGUCACCAAAGUUGUUGUUGAUGAUAAGGAGAUAAAAGUAAAUAUAUUUGAUAUGGCUGGGCAUCCUGUCUUCUAUGAGGUCCGUAAUGAGUUCUACAAGGAUACCCAGGGUGCAUUGCUGGUGUAUGACGUGACGAGCAGAGAGAGCUUUGAGGCUUUGGACAUUUGGCUAGAUGAAAUAAAGAAGGAUAUAGGAUCACCAAGUGAUUUCAACAGUGUGGUGUUUGUCGUCUGUGCCAACAAAGUCGAUAGCCGUAAGCGCUUGGUUGAGGAAAGUGAGGGGAGACAGUGGGCAGAAAAUCAUAAGUUUUACUACUUUGAGACAUCCGCUCAGACCGGUGAUGGCAUCCCUGAGGUUUUCCAGACUCUGUUCACGGGUGUUGUCAAGGCCCUGGAGAAUGGUGGGAAGCCUGUGUUGAUUGACACAGCAUUAACCCUGGGCUACAGCAAGGAACAGGCUGAAGUGAUCCAGAGAUUGAAGAAUGCCAAGGAUCACUACGAGCGACUUGGGAUCCAGCAAGGUGCCACCAAAGAUGAUAUCAAUCGUGCAUAUAAGAAAUUGGCAGUACUGAUCCACCCUGAUAAGAGUGUGGCGCCAGGUUCAGAAGAAGCAUUCAAGGCUUUAGUAGCGGCACGUGCAUCACUUCUUCAGAACCACAGAUAGCACCCGGGAAUAUCAUAUAGCACCGGGGAAGAUCAUAUAGAACCUUAGCAGGGCCUCUCAGGGGGUGAGACAAGUCCCAUGGUCCACCCCUACCUCUUUCCCUCAAUACUGAAAGCUUAGAAGGAGAUUAUGGGAGCUGAGAUCCAUGACAUUACCUCCUGAUAUAUGUUUUAUCUAUUGAGAUAUGGUCCCUAGGCUCCCUGAAUUCUAGAAUCACCCUAUCUAAUGUCAACAAUCCCUUGACUUUUCCCUGGUAAGGCUUUUAAUGGUCACUGCUUAUAAGUGAUAACACACCAGGCUCGACGACCUGUGUUACCCCUUUGUUGUGUGUAAAUAGUAUGUAACUACACCUUGUAUAGAUUUUUAUUCAAUAAAUUUCCUCUGUGAGGUUUCGUAAAAUUCGGUCUCACCUACCUCAUUCAACAUAUUAUAUCAUAGUACCUUAUUCAACAUAUUAUAUCAUAUUUCCUCAUUCAACAUGUUAUAUAGGGGUGACCGAAUUUUACGAAACUUCACAGAGGUAUUUAAAUUGAUCACUUCUAACCGCUCGGCGAGUUUUUUUUUUGUGUUUUUUUUUUUUAAGAAUUUCUCACAAAACCCCAAAACCACUAAUUGUGAGCUUGGCCUCCCUGUGGGUAAAAGUAUUGCGGAGAGCGAAAGAGAAAAAGUCGGGACGCAAAAAUCGAAAUGACAGGGGUCGUCCACACUAACCCGGAUUCAAAAGUAUCCGGAUUCGUUUCGCCGAAAACGCAUCACUUGAUUCGCGUCCACACUAUCGUUUUCGCAUCUUGUUAGCCUGGAUUCAGCGUCCACACUAACACGGUUUCAAACGUUUGAAAACGCUGAAAGGUACAGGGUGACGUCAUUUUUAUGAUAUGCGCAUGCUCAAAGCAGCGCACGCCUGCGAUAUGACGCCAUCGUUUUCAUUUUGAUACGGAUUCGAACGUCCACACUACGGACCAAAGUAUACGGAUUUACUUUCGACAGCGUUUUCAAAAGUAUCCGGAUUCGCUGGAUCCAGCGCGCGUGUUAGUGUGGACGAAGGCCUAAACGUAUCAACAAGUAUACGGAUUCAAACGAAUCCGUGCUAGUGUGGACGGCCCCCUAGUGGGGUCUAGUGACGAAAGCUGACAAAAGUGCUCGCGCGUGACCGAACGGGCUGCGCGCACAAUAUCCUCGCCAGGAUUUGAAAUGUUUUGCGCGCGAUUUAUUUUUUGACGAGUGCAAUACAGUUUAAAAGUAAAAAAAAAACUCAAACAACACUGUUAAAACAACCGCCCUCUUCUUGAGAAAAGGAACUACAAAAGCUUAGAGGAGACUAACGGUAUAAGCUGUGGUCUAGUUAGUACUGUACUCAAAACAAUGGCAGUGUCUCAGAGUGAAUUUGAAUCUUUGGCAAAGGCGGAGGACAAACGCGAAGAGAAUCCAGCGACAUUAUUUGAGGCAAAAAAACAUGAGAACUUUGAAACCACUUGGACACCGGCGUACAGAGAGCUGGACAAAAUGUACAUGACCAUCUCUACGUCACUCGCCUCAGUCUUCCCUGAACUACGGCCAGAUGGCCACAGGAUACCCGUCGAUCCAAACACGCUAUUUCCAAAUUACCGCCCCAUCUGCAAAACAGAUGGUCAGAAGCUCUGCGUUCCGUCCUGGCCGUGGAGUGAUGACGUCACAGAAGCGACAUCAAGUGAGAGAAGUGAUGACAAGAAGUCUCCUUAGGGGGGGGGGGGACUGCGGUGAGAGACAAUAGUUGAUGGACAAAAUCCAAAGCUCUCCCAGCUUCAAUAAAGCGCCUCCUCUUAGGGAUGGAAUAUGAAAUAAACGCCCCCUUCAAA